AUGCUUCCUGUAUUUGCCUUCAGAGGGCGCCUUGUGAAGUCGCCUUCCUCCCUCAGGCUGGCCACCAUGGUGCCCUCCUGGCCGCUGCCCGGGGCCUGCUGGGCUCUGCUCACCUUCUGCUGUGUGCUGCCCUCAGGUACCCAGGGGCAGGAGUUCCUGCUGCGGGUGGAGCCCCAGGACCUGGUGAUUCCUGCUGGAGGGUCUCUCCUGGUAAACUGUAGUACCCGUUGCCCCCAUGCUGAGCUCAUCAAUCUGGAGACGUCUCUGUCAAAGGAGCGGGCAGGCAAUGGCCUGGGCUGGGCCGCCUUCUGGCUCAGCAACGUGACUGAUGACAGCCAUGUCCUCUGCUCCAGCUUCUGCAAUGGCUCCCAGAUGAUCAGCUCCUCUGUCAUCACUGUGUACCGGUUCCCGGAGUCCGUGGAGCUGGCGCCCCUGCCCCCCUGGCAGCCCGUGGGCGAGAACUUCACCCUGCACUGCCAGGUGGUGGGCGGGGAGCCCCGGGCCCACCUCACGGCGGUGCUGCUUCGCGGGGAAGAGGCGCUGAGCAGACAGCUGGUAGUGGGGAACCCUGCCAAUGUCACGGCCACGGUGCUGGCGAGCAGAGGUGAUCACCGCGCCAAUUUCUCUUGCCGCACAGAACUCGACCUGCGGCCCCUAGGGCUGGUACUGUUCCAGAACACCUCGGCCCCCCGACGCCUCCGAACUUUCGUCCUGCCCGCGACCGCUCCACGCCUCGAGGUCCCCCAGUUCUUGGAAGUGGGAACAUCAUGGAGGGUGGACUGCACCCUGGAGGGGCUGUUCCCUGCCUCUGAGGCCUAUGUCCACCUGGCGCUGGGGAACCAGAUGCUGAAACCUGUAGUCACAAGCCACGGGGACACGCUCACAGCCACGGCCACGGCGCGUGCCGAUCAGGAGGGUACCUGGAAGAUUGUAUGCAACAUGACCCUGGGGGGCGAGAGUCGCGAAGCCCACAGCUUGACAGUCUUUGAUCGGAACUCUCGCUCCGUCAACUUCGCGAUGGGGGUGUUGGUGAUCCUGGGAGUGGUGGUUGUCACAGGGGCCUUAACGUACGUCUUCUGGACGAAGCGGAGCGGCAUCUACCACGUGAAACAGGAGAGCACCUCGCUGCCCCUCACGUCUGUACAAUCCGAGGGGGUGGUGGGAGAAGAGCCGUCCUCAGCUGCGAGAAGCCUGGGAUCCUGAGCCAAAGAGGAGAGUACCUCGCUGCCCCUCAUGUCUAUUCAGGCCAACGAGGCGGUGGAGCUGCGGGACGCCUGGGAUCCUGGGCCAAAGAGGACUGGGGUUUUGGCUGUAUCCCCGGGUUCCGCAUCAAUAAAGCCUUUAGACUCC